AUGGCGCCGGCGGUGGAGAGUCUGUUCGGCGCGGACUCGUGGGACGGUGGCGCCGCGUUUCACGCGAGCAACAGCAGCGGCGGCAUGAGCGACGGCGCGGCAUCAUCCGCCACGAAGCCGCGGUCCGUGCACGUGCCGAAGCUGCGCAAGGGGAAGGGCCCCUCCGCGGCGCUCCCCGUAUUCGGCUCGUGGAACGCUCCGCAGCCCCCGCCGAAUUUCAACAAGGGCUCGGCGGCGGAAAACGCGGCGGCGCAGGCGGCGGCGGCGGCGAUCCGCGCGGCGACCGCGGGCGCGGGCGCGGACGGGCAGCCGAAAUUCACGGAGGUGUUCCGGGCAAAGGGGGAGCACCGCGGGAACGGGCAAUGCGCGUGGCCUGAGUACGAUGCGAUUCUGGCGAAGCAGACGAUGAUGCACGAUAGGCUGCGCGCCGAGCAGAUGAUGACUCAGCAGCAGCAGAUGAUGACUCACCAGCGGCAAACAAGCGAGUUGCUCAACCCACUAACAUUCGCCUCCAGCCAUUCCUCUCUUAUUCGCCUCCUCUCAUUCGCCUCCUCUCAUUCCCUUAGCUUGCUUGCCAGUAGUGUUGUUGCUUGCCCCUUAUCUUCCUCCCCACCAUACCUUGUCGUCUCCAUCCUCCCCCCAUUCCAACCCCCUUCCGCCCCCAUUCUGCUUCCGCCUUACGGCUCGCCCUUCCAGCACCCCUCACCCGCCCUCUCCCCUCGUUCUCACCCGCCUCCUUCCCCCCUUUCUUUCCCCCAUCCCCCUCCCCCCCACCCCCACCGUUCCCCCUUGCUUUUUACCCAGAACUCCCUGGUUUCCCCACAGAAUUCUGACUCCUCCUUCCCCCAGUCCUUCCCCCAGCCCUUCCCCAGCGUCUCUUCUUCCCCCGACCCCUACGCCUUCCCCCCUUCCUCCUCCCUUCCGCUGCCCCCAUCCUCCGCCCCCGCGCCCCCGCCCUUCUACCCCUCCUCCUCCUCUCUCCCCCAGCCCAGUACUGCCGCGCAGCCCCCCCCACCCCCCGCGCCAGCAGCCCUAGUUCCCCCUAUUGUCCUCCCCCCGCCUUCCGCCACCUCCGCCCCUUCUGAUUCCGCCCCACCCCCUCCCUUUCUCGCGCCUGCGCAAUCCGCACCGGUCCCUCCACCCCCAUUCGUCAACCCCUCUUCCCUUGCUGCGUCUGAACCACCACCGCUGCACCGCGCCUCUCCCCCUGCUGGUUCGGACUCCCCACCGCUGCACUACGCCUCUCUGCCUGCUGCCGUGACUGCCCCUCCGCCUGCUGCUCUGCCUGCUGCUCCUCCUGCCCCGGCCCUUCCGCCCGCCCAUGUGCGCGACUGCAGCAGCGGUGGCAGCAGCACCGGCAGCAGCGGCAGCGUUGUGCAGAACCAGACAGCAGCAGUGGAAGCUGUAGCACCAGCACAAGCAGCGGCACCGUCAGCAGCAGUGGCAGCACCGUCAGCAGCGCCAGUGGCACCGGCAGCACCGGCAGCAGCAGUGGCAGCAACAGCAGCAGCAGCAGCAGCAGCAGGUGGAUAUAACGAGAGUGAGUAUGCUGAGAACGGUUGGGAUGGUGGUGCUGGUGCUGGUGCUGGUAUUGGCGCUCCCUCUGGCACAGCCGCGCCCGUGUUUGCUGCUGGUGCUGCCCCUUCGCACAUAAGUGGUGGUGAGGGAGGGGUAGCGGCGGUGGCAGGGGCGGAACGGCAGGGAACGCACGGGGGACAGGGGGGGGGAGGGCAGGGAGCGGGAGAGGUGCUGUGGGGAACGGGGAAAGAGGAGUUUGGGGGGCACGGGCAUGGGGAGGGUAGUGUGGGGAUGGCCGGGCGAGGGUAUGUGUGGGGCGGGGAAACGGAGGGGUAUGGGAGUGGAUUGGAGGGGUAUGGUGGUGGAUUGGAGGGGUAUGGAGGGGGGAUGCAGGGGUACGGAGGGGGGAUGCAGGGGUAUGGAGGGGCGGGGAUGGUGGCGAUGAGUGCAGAGAUGGGGAUGGGGUUGGCUGUGGCAGCUGGGAGGGAGUACGAGAGGAGGUGGUGGGAGGAGGAAUCCGGUCAAGAAUCCGCUGUGGGAGGGGGGGAGGAGAGGGACGGCAUGGGGGGAGGCGGUGGGGACGGAGGCGCGGAGUGGGGUCGUUUCCAGGAAAGGGCGGCGGUUGAACGGGAGAUGUUUGCUGCUGCUGCUGCUGCCAGGGGUGCCACUGCCUUUGAUAUGGGCGCAGCACCCGCAUCACUCUCACCAUCCUCAUCCACCAACGCACCAGCAGUACAGGCACCAGCAGCAGCACCAGCAGCACCAGCAGCACCAGCACUGGCCGCAGCGGCGGCAGGAAUGCCAGGGGUGGGGCAGCCAGAGUGGGACUUGGCAGGUGAGAAGCACGGAGGGGAUGAGUAUACUUCCAGCACCCAGCCAGGUGCUAACUCAGGUGGGCAGUCAGGCAACCAAUCCGGCGAAGCAGGUGCGGGAGGGGGUCUGUACACGUUCAGCGGGCUGACAGGGAGUGAUUAUACUGGGAGUGACUAUGCCGGCAGCGGCUGCUUUGUUGAUCCAGGGAACAACACGAGUGGUCUUCCUGGUUCUGCCGCUGCUGAUGGUGCCUCUGCGUUUGCUGCAGCAGGGUCGAGGGCAGCAGCAGGGGGGGGAGGAGGAGGGGGAGGAGGGGGAGGAGUGGGGUAUAUGAACGGUCAACCUGUAGCAGCAGCUGGGGGCGAAGGGGGAGUGGGAGCGGGAGGAGGGAGCGGUGGCGGCGGGUACACAGAGUUUUAUGAAGCGCAUAUGGCGGGCAGGAAGCAGGAGACUGCUUUGGGUAGUGAUUACCGCCCUGCUGCUGCGGCGGCGGCAGGGAGGGGAGUGGUAGCAGGGGGAGGAGCAGCAGGAGCAGCAGGAGCAGCAGGAGCAGCAGGAGCAGGAGGAGCAGGAGGAGCAGGGGGAGCGGUAGCAGCAGAAGAGGAGGCGGCAUGGGCAGGCGGGGAGGCAGCGGGGGGGCAGGAACCAUCAUGCGGGGCACUGGUGGAAAUGGUAAUGGCGCCGCCAUUUGUGGGCAUGGACUCUCCCACGUAUGUCAGGCGCGCUGGAUCGGACGUGGGUUCGUACAGUGGGCAGCGGCAGGGGAGUGAUUCGGGGAGCAUGUCUCAGGGCAUGGGGCAGCAAGCGAUGGGACAGCAAUCAAUGGGGCCGCAGGGAGGGCAGCAGGGAUGGCAGCAAGGGGGGCAGCUGUGGGGGCAGCAAGGGGGGCAGCAAGGGGGGCAGCAGGGAUGGCAGCAGGGGGGGCAGCAGGGGGGCGCGCAGGGGGGCUUGUACGUUGGUCCAGGCCUCACAGGGCAGGUGCCGCUACAAGGCGGGGCGGCGUAUGCAGCAGGAGCAGGGGGAGGGUUUGCGGCUGCAGGAGCAGCGCUGGCAGGGCAAACAGGAGCUGCACCACCGUAUCCCGCUAGCAUCGUUUUGCACUGA